AAUAAUAACUAAUACUUUAAGAAUUAUAAAAAGCUCCAACAUGAGACCACCCAUCUGUUCAGAUAUCCAUCCAUCAACGUUCAACAUUGCAUCCAUCAUUGCAGAAGCAAUUCCCUGACCACUCUGUCUUGUUUAAACCGUUGUUUAUCUGUAAAUCGAACCUCUGGCAGCACUUCAAUUCAUCUGCAGCAAGACAAGACAAAACCAAAUGAAAAGUAUCAAACUACAACUUUCAUUGAAAAUAAGAAAUAAUUUCAACAAUCGCACGGUUCCUCUAUCAAGUUGCAGUUAAAAUUCUACUAUCUACAGUGCUUCGUCCUUUAAAAGACUCAGAAACUAAAGUUCCAAGCUAAAAUUAACAAGACCAGUUUUCAGUUAGUGAGUAAUUUAAAGUCUAGCUUUAACGAAAAACAACAUCUGCUGAUAGGACGAGCACAGAGAGCAAGCGAGAAUUUCUGCAUUAAGAGGGCCAAAAUCAGUAGACAGAAGAGAUAUUCAAUAGAUAUACACACACAAAAAAAAAACUUUCGUUUCUGGUACAGUGAAUGUAUAAGGAGACUGAUCAACUACAAGAAAUUAACAACGAGUUAAGAGGACAUGAGGCUUAAGUUGAAAACCUGAACUAUGUUUGUUGAGGACUUAAGAAAACUCUAGAGUACCUACUGCAACAAAUUAAAGCAAACUCUCAAGCAAGAUAUGAUAAGUUAAUUACCAACUUAAAGAAGGUCUUCCACGCAAUAAUUUUGCAACAUGGGUCAUCCCUAGCCCACACAGAGGAUGUAAAGGGAUAAACUAAUUCCCUCCGGUUUUUCUUCCAGUCAACUGAUUAAGUUGUACAAAACUCAAUCUUGCGUACUGCCCAUCUUCAGUAAAGAUUGACUGUCAGAUAUAUAUUACUAGGCCGGCCCGGACUACGCCCGGAUUUUUGUUUAAAUUUAAAAUUUGAUUAUAUAUUUAGUAUGUUUAUUUUAAUAUAUAAAUUUUAUAAUCUAUCACAAACAUAUAAGUAGCUAUCGACAAAUAUAAAAUAAUUUUAAAUUAUUCAAUCUUUUUGUCUUACGCUAUUCAAAAUUUUUGUAUCCAUUUUUUUGUUAUUGAAAAUUAUAUAUAAGGUGAAGAGCAGAAUGAUCAAAAAUUAAUUUAAUUUUAGUUAUGGUGUUUAAUUGGUUUAAUUGUUUUAAUGUUUCAGUUCACUUAAAACUGUUUAUAACAUUUGUUUCCAAUUAGUCUCUAAGUAAUUUAAUGGACUAUCCCCUUAAAUUUACAACCAAUAGUAUAUUUUUAAAAAAAUAUUUAAUUUCUCCAAAAUUUAUGAUUAUAUAACACCAACAAAAUUUACUUAACCCGAUUUGCUUAACUAAUUGAUUCAGUUAAUGAAUUAGUUAAAUUUUGAACCGAAGCUUUCUCAAUGAGAAAAAAAUGAGUAGAAGCAUUUUAUGUUUUUUAUAAAACUGUAAUGACCUGGUUUGCUUAACCAAUUGGUUUAGUUAAUGAAUAAGUUAACAUUUAAACCAGAGCAUUUCUCUGGUUUUUUAACUGUGUGUGUAUAAGUGUUCAUACAUAUCUAAUUAUUUAUCUUUUGGUCAAAACAUAGCUAAUUAUUUAAUACCAAUAUGUAUAUAAAGAUAUUUUCUAAACUAUUUCUAAGAUAUGAGUAUUUUUUAACAUAUAGUUUGAUGUUUGAUCUAUGAAAAAAUAUUUAUAUAACAUAUAUCAAUAUUUUGAUAUUUGAUUUAACUAUUUGAAAACAUAAAUAAAAACUUAUUAUGUUGGUUUUAAAUUAGUAAGACAAAAACUAAUAAGAAGAUUAUGCCCGCAUGUGCAGGCAAAACACCUAGUAUAUAUAUAUAUAUAUAAUUAUAAUUGUAUCACGGUAUAAGCUAAAAAUCCUAACGAAUCUAAUGAUAUUGUAUGUAUAUUCACCUAAAUUACUCUUUUUAAUCAGGAAGUUUACAAAAUUCUGUUCUGUGUUUAUAAAUUUGUAAAAUACAUAAUUUUAGUUUUUUCUGUCACAUAAUUUUCCAUUUAAAUAAAAUUUGAACUUUUAGUUGACAAACUACAAUUGCAUGGAAAAAUUAUAUUUAAAUAGUACUCCAGUUUUAUGAUUAACAUUAUAAAUGGCCAAUAUAAAAGAAAAAGCAAACGCGCUCAGGUUUUCCUUUUUUAAUUUCCUCGGCGCUUCGAAUUUCGUUUUUUUUAGUAUCUCAGAAAAGGAAAUUAUUUGUUCAAAUAAGUCACCGACUUAACUGAACCCAAAUCUAUAAAAGACUCUCACAUCUCUUCUCACUCGCUCCACUUUCUCUUCCACAAUUUUCUUUACGUUUUGUUUUCUCCAUUGUGUUUCAGUUUCAAAACCCUAAAAAGCUUUUUCAAUUUUCUUUUAAGAGCGAUUCUUUUUCGAAACCCUAGAAAAUCAACUCCGAUAGAUUGAAAAGAUGCAGUCAAACGAAGAAUUCAUCAAAUUUCUUGGAAAAGGCGCUUACGGUUACGUUAACCUAGUCCGCUACACCAAUCCCGACGACGGCUCUUCCUUUCUCUCCGCCGUCAAGAACUCAUACCACGAAGACUACGACACUCUCCAAAGAGAGUUAGAGAUUCUUCUCAAACUCAGGGGAAGUCCCAGGAUCGUUACAUGUUUCGGUGACUCUCUCCAACAAGGUCUCAGCAAUCACUGUAACAAAGUCCACAAACUGCAACUCGAGUACGCUUCCGAAGGUAGUUUAAGCGCUUUCAUGGACCAUUACGCCGACAGAAAGUUGCCGGAGCCGUUGGUAAAAGAUUUCACGCGGAUGAUUCUCGAAGGUUUGGUCUCGAUUCACGACCAUGGUUAUGUUCACUGCGACAUCAAACCAGACAACUUACUUGUCUUCCCUUCGAGACAAGAUUCGUUCGAGCUCAAGAUUUCUGACUUCGGCAACACGUUAGAGGUGGGAGCGGUUCCUAAAUUCUGGGAAAGCGAGUUCCCGUGGGUGGGGACUCCCAUCUACAUGCCGCCUGAGUCUGUCCGUGACGGCUUCGCCAACAAAGGAAUAGAUGUGUGGUCGGUGGGGUGUUUGGUACUAGAGAUGUACACGGGCGUGAUUCCUUGGGAAGGAGUUAAUCUCGAUCUUCUAGCGUCUCGUCUUCGUUGUGGUAAAGCUCCUGAGAUCCCUGAGAGUUUGCCUUCUGAUGCAAAGGAUUUUAUACAAACGUGUUUCUCAAGGAACCCUGAGGAGAGAGGAAGCGCGUGUGAGUUGUUGCUUCAUCCCUUCUUGCCUCGUCCACUAGUUGAAGAAGAAGAGAAGAAGACAAGUAACUCGUUUCUGUUGAAGCUGUUCAAGUUAAGAAUCAGACGAACAAGUUCCAACAAGAAACCAACGGCGGAUGUUGUUGCUGUUUCAGACAAAAAGCCUCUGAAGUUGAGGUUUUUCCCGACAAAGACCACCCAGUUUAAGAGAACUCUGAACAAAGUCUUGAGGUUGAAGAAGUCGACCCACUUCAGUUUAGUGUCUGUUCAUUAAGUUUUAGUAUGUAGUUGUCUGAUGACUAACUUUUGUCUGUAGCUUUCUGUUGAUUAAGGUUUAGUAAGUACUUUCUCUUGAUUAGUUUGUAGAUCAAGAUUCCAUGUACCUAUAGUCUCAUGUUAACAAAGUAGUAGUUCUUUUCUCAGCAAAAUCUCGAUCUUUUUACUGUGGUUAGCACUCCAAAAACCAUCUUCUUAACUCUAAGAAUCCUAAUACGCCUGAAAAGAGGACGUUAAAUCUGAACAAGCUUUACAACCUAACAACACAGUUCCCUUAUUCAAAAAAUUAUCUACUACUGUAUAUGGGUUUCUCUGUUGAUAUAGAGCUGUGGACGGUGAAGCAAGCUAUUUUUAUCAAAUGUUAUUCAAACUGGUUUUUAAAAAUGGAAAUAGAUUUUGUUGCUCCUGAAAGCGUAGGGGUAUGUCUUAGGCUAUCACAAGAGUUCCUGAGGCUACCAGAAGACCACAGAUUCAACAAAGAUUAGUACUUAGAGCACCAUUAUGACAAGUGAAUCACUUGAGAAUCAUUGCCUUUCAUUCUGAACAGCUACAGAUGUAACUAGCGUUCCACAAGCAUAUUAAUGUUAAGCCUGAGGCAUUAUCAUUACAGCUUUAAAGAGAACACAUAGCCACUGAACUCCCAUUUAAACAAAAGCAUUACUAAACUAGUCAACACAAAAGCUUUCUAUGUCUCGUCUCGCAACAUAAAAGACAUGGGAAUAACCAACAGAGCCAAGAACGAGUUCCCUGAUGACAUGAAUCGUUUGCUGGAUCAAGUUCCCGAGCUAAUUAAGACUUCAGUUGAUUAGUCUGAAGACAGACCAGUAAAGCUGUACAGAAAGGUAUAUAAUUUUCAAGGAACACACUUCAGACUUGAGAGAGCAUUCUACACAUGUUUCUACUGAUUAUAUGGGAAGAGAGAGAGAGAGAAGCUAUUGAAACUUGAAACUUCAGAAUUGAUUUGCUUGUAAAUUUUGUUUGAAGGUUACCGAUUCUACACAGUAAAGUUAUAAUAUAUAGGGUGGAAUGGAUACUGUUUUGUUCGUUAAAGUAUAUGAUCUCUCUAACUACAUAAUAACACAGUUUCUGAAGCCUAAUGAUCAACUUCAUCAUUAGGAUUAAAUGCAUGAUCAGUUGAUCGCGUCUGUCUAAUGAUUUUUCUUAUAAAGAGAAGUCAAUAUCUUCUCUCAUGGAUCCAUCACUGGUUGCUGCACUAACACAAACAAUCAGACCGUUCUACAUCUAGUCUUAGAAUUAGAUCAUCAACAACAGAGAUUGCAACUAAAUUUCAGAGACAUGAGCAAAUCACAACAAGAAGUGGUAUCAUCCAUCCUCAGGAACAGGGCCGGCUUACAACGGAGACAAGCGGUGCGAUCGUCCCGGGUCCGAACCCGUGUCCCCCGAAGAUAAAUAAGUGGCUCAAUUUUUUAUAAAUCUAUAUUUUUAUAUAUAAAAAAAUUAUAAAUACAAUAAAUAAAAUUGAAAAAGGUCUAAAAUUAUUUGAUAUGUAUUUAGUUUUAUUUUCAUUACAAAAUAUACAAAAAUAUUUUAAACAUUAUCUCUAUAUAAAUUUUAUAGAGUAAAAUUUUUUUUUUUUGCCCUAGGGCCUCUAUCAGUGUUGAGCCAGCCCUGCUCAGGAACAUCAAGUUACAUUCCAUUUGCAGAAAUGCCUCCUGAAUCUGAAGCUUUGAACAAUCUGUUGAAGCAAUGCUUACAUGAAAAUCUAGCCAAAAUAUAUAUCUCAAACGCAAAACUGACAAAAACGGUUCAAGUCUUAAGAAUUAAAUAGCUAGAGGGAGAAGACAGUGACAUAAGGUAGAGAUGAAUUGGUUCUCCAUCACUGUUAUUUAUCGCAACCUCAGUGGUAAUAUCAUCAAUUAACAUAUCAAAAUGUUUUCAGGAUUUUCAAAUCCCCCAGAGGCAACUUCACAAACUCUGAAGGUUAUUACAGGUUUUGUUACCGUUUGAAGAUAAAGUAAGAGUUGAGGAUGAAUGAAUAAUUAAGUCAAAGAUUAAUAAUUCAGACUGCAACUGAAGAUACGAGCAAACGCUGUCGUAGAAACAGAAAUGUUUUUUAGCUAGUAAAGUCCCACAUCGGGGAAAACAAACGUUUACUUGUUCUAUAUAUAAGUUUAGGUCACUCACAGUGCACGUCGAGCUUGGUAACGCGGGCUUGUAAUCCAAGUGGAGACGAUAAGGUGAUGGGACAUUGGGCCGAUCUCUUUGGGCCGGACUCGGAAAGGCUAUCUACUGGCCUGCCCGUUCCAAGUCGGGAGUUGAAUGUUCGGACUCGAGCGAAGGCUUGUGGUUCGGACACUCUUAGAGCGGAGGAGACUGCGUGAGGCUGGUUUCACAGAGCAGCGUCCACCUCCCGCUUUCGACGGUGGAAGGAUUACGGGCCGGUGCCUCCCGAGCCCACUAUGACCCAAUAAGCCGGCUCCAAUUGGACCAUCUCUUU